AUGGCAACAGCCUGUAUUGUGCAGACAGGGGUCAGAGCUGAGCUGAGAGACAGGGAAGCAGUGUUGCAGUUGCCAAUAGAAUUCCCAAUGCCACGUCCAUGGCAUCGGCGGCGUCAGAAGUUGGAAGAUGAAGAAGAUCCUUGUGCCUGGCUAAAAGAAGGGGUCCAUGUAGAUCCAGAAAUAUACCAAAGCUCCUACAUGGCAGACUACAAGCCUUUUGGAAAGCAAAAAUACUCCAGUGUCACACCACAAGAGCAGGCAAAGCUUGACACCCAACUCCGGAACAAGGAAUUUUAUAGACCUUCCCCCCAAAUCAACCCAAGGCUGCAGGAUGGGUACCCUGCCUUCAGAAGACCCUACAUGACUGCCAAGGACCUGGGACUGCCCGGCUUCUUCCCGCCAAAGGACCGUGGGGCCACAGGGGGAGAUGACUGCAAUCCUGACAGUAUCUGUCCUCUCCAGGGCAUGGCAUUACCGGCCUUAACCACUCCCAGACAACUUAGCCCAGGGGCUGACCUCCAGUACUACCUGAAUCCCAAGUACCAGCCUGGUUCAGAAGAGGACAAAGACCACCUUCUCCUGCGCAGUUCCAGCCCUCAUCACUGGACAGGCAAGGUCCCUUUAUUGAAUCCUUUGGGACCACCGAUGGCAUAUUACCAGUAG